AUGGUGUCCAAGCCCGUGAUUGGUGUGAUCUUCUACUCGACCUACGGCCACGUCUCGGCUCUCGCCGAGCAGGUCAUCGCCGGUGUCGAGGCCGCUGGCGCCAUCGCCAAGCCCUUCCAGAUCGCCGAGACCCUCACUGAGGAGAUCCUCGCCAAGAUGCACGCCGGUGCCUCGCUCAAGCCCAAGUACCCCCUCAUCACCCCGGCUGCUCUCGCCGAGCUUGACGGCUUCCUCCUGGGCUCGCCUACCCGUUAUGGCCGCCUCCCCGCCCAGGUCUCGGCCUUCUUUGACCAGACCGGCGGCCUCUGGGCUUCCGGUGGCCUCGUCGGCAAGUUUGCCUCGACCUUCACCUCGACUGCCUCGCAGCACGGCGGCCAGGAGACCACCCACCUCACCACCAUCCCCUUCUUUGCCCACCACGGCAUCAUCUACGUCCCCAUCGGCUACACCCAGGCCUACCUCACCGACCUCGAGACCAUCCACGGUGGCUCGGCCUACGGCGCCUCGACCGUCGCUGCCGCCGACGGCUCGCGCCAGCCCCAGGCCGGCGAGCUUGCUCUUGCCAAGUACCAGGGCGAGUACUUCGCCAAGGUCGUUGCCCAGUCCGUCCGUGGCCGUCAGCUGAUCGCUGAAGACGCCGCCGGCACCACUGCAGCCGUCGCCGGCACCGCCGCCGCGGGAACUGCUGCCGCUGCUGCCGGCACCACUGCCGCCGCACGCAACGCGCCCGAGCCCGCCGUCUCGGGCGAGAAGGAGGGCUACAAGGUCGACCCGUCGCCCGGCCAGGCCGCCGACGCCGUGGGAGGUGCUGCUGCCCCCACUGACGCCCAGCCCGCCACGACCACGACCACGACCCCGGCCACCGCCACCGUGGCCGGCGCAGACAAGGCUGCCGCUGCGCACCCCACCGCCCCGCCCGCGCAGGCCAAGAAGGGCGGCCUGUUCUCGUGCUGCUCCGGCAACAACAUCGACUAA